ACCCCUGCAUAACACCCAUCGCCACCGCUGUGCUACACAGAGGGGCUAGUUAGCUUGUGACAGUGUUAACUUUUCCCGUCCGUUUCGAAAAACUGUGUUGUAAAUAUAGUAAUUUUGAGUUCGCGAUUGCCCCGGUCAUGGCGUUGAACAGCUGCAUGAAAGUGUCAAGAAUUAUUCCGCGUGUCUUAUACAGAAAUGUCAUUCCUCUGGCUUGCGCCACAAGAACACUGACGAACUCUCUCGGAACACAUUCCCACUAUGUACAAUGUUCGCCCGCUGUGACCUGCAGGGGAACGAUUCAAUGGCGUAACUUCAGUUCUUCCAAAGGGACCGAUGUGUCUUAUGAACAGCUGAAGCAGUUGCUUGCUGCAGGAACAGCUUCAGUGAUCGACGUGCGUGAGCCAUGGGAACUCAGGGAAUAUGGAAACAUUCCAGGAUCAAUGAAUGUGCCUUUGGGACAGGUGAGCAGUGCUCUACAGCUCAACCCAGAGGAUUUCCAGGAGAAGUACGGCGGGAACAUGCCCACUCAGGCAGGGAACAUAGUAUUCACCUGUCUGGCUGGAGUGAGGAGCAAAAAUGCCUUGGACACGGCGGCCUCUCUGGGCUAUUCAAAUGUCCAACAUUAUCCAGGGGGUUGGCAGGACUGGGCAAAACAUGAAAUUUUACAAACCAAAGAAUAAUCCCCUGGAUGGAUCUGUGGUUGAAACCAUCCUAAAAUCAUGUCUCGCAAACUUGAUUUUUCAUAUUCUUUAUACAAUGCGGCAUGUAGCCACCAGGCCUAUUUCAGAGAUAUGACAAUUGUAAACAAAAUUGUUCUCUGUGACUGAAUAACCAGGCUUAUAAUGCUACCGCAAGACAUCCUGCCACCUGACAAUUGUAAACAAAAUUGUUCUCUGUGACUGAAUAACCAGGCUUAUAAUGCUACCGCAAGACAUCCUGCCACCUGAAUGUCUCGGAGUAAAAAAAAAAACACUUGUCCUGCGUGGAUUGAAAGGUGGGCUUCUUUGAGGCUUUGACUUCACAUUUUGAAACCUCUUUAAAGGGCUUCUGGCAGUCUGGCAGUCUGCAAGCUUACACAUGAUUGGUUAACCCUGAUUUGACCCUUGAACCUUCUAUUAUGUGUGAUGAGUAUUUGCAUAAAUAAUGUGUGAGAUUUCCGUAAUUUCAAUAAUUUUUCAUCUCUGUACUCUACAGCUCGUGUCAGACAUUCAACACAAUGUUUUUGCCAAUAGGUUUGGUGCUACAGUCAUCAGCAAUGCAACCAUAUGAAAGAGUUCAUUUCACAUAAUUUUGUAUCCUUCAAAAUAAAAAGAGACAUUUUAAAGCUC